AUGGCGGUCCGUCUGAUCCAGCGCGUGUCCCGUCUGCUGGCAGCGCCAGUCUCCUUCCAUCCCCCGCCCGCCUCCGCCCCCUCAGAAUGUAUAUGAGAUUGUGUCAGUAUGCCCCGUGCUUCCCCUGCCAGGCGGCCCUGCACACCUCCUCCCUGCGAUUCCUGGUGGGGAACCUCCCAGAGACCACCCUGUGCCCCCCAGAGACCUCCCAGAGCUCCCUCACUGCUCUGGGCGAUAAUGAGUUCUUCUCCAUGCUGCAGACUUUGCCGGGGGUGGAGGAACUGCUGGAGACCGGCAGAGAGCCAAGUCUGUCCGCGAACAGGAAGGUGAUGAUCAUCCAAGAGAUCGCACAGAGGCAAGUCGGGUAUAAUGGGCAGGUUUUGGAGGACCCCAGAUUCCAGGAUCUUAUGAAAAAUGUAAAUAAACAGAUCCAAUAUGUCUGGAACAAUCGCCUUAUUAAAUUGGUGAAGAGCUUUUAUAAACUCAAAUUGGACAGAAAUAACCUUUGCUUCCAGUCAGCGGAGGUUGAAGCGCAAUGGCGUCUCCGUAGGUUUGGUGUUGGAGGUCUGGCCCAGCUGUCAAGCUGUAUUCCGCACUCUGAUCGGACCAAGGAAGAAAACAGACUGCUCAAUGAACUAGUUAAACAAGUGGAGCUUCGAUGGACAGAGAUAAAGGAACCGCGGACAGUGGUGUCGCUGAUAUCAAGCCUGGGCUCCGUGUCGAACUCCCUCAAGGAGAAACUGGAAGAUAAGGUCCUAGAACUUGCUGCAGGUUUGACACCUGAGCAGUCUCAGAGAGUCAUCACUGCCUUGGCAGCUUGGAAUCGGCGAACUUUACCUGUCCUGCGGGCGCUGUCCUUCCACCUCACAAAGUACAGCACUGAACUCUCCCCAUCGGUCAUAUUAGAUUUGGCAUUUGCUUUCGCCAAGCUGAAUUACUUCCACAUGGAAGUCUUACAGAAGAUGGCCACCGACCUCAUGCCCAGAUUGACAACAAUGAAGCAGACGGAUAUCGCCCUAAUGAUGCGCUCCUUUACCCACCUCAGAUAUUCCAACCAGCCUUUCUGUGAAGCCGUUGCUCAGGUAUGCCUGCAGCACAGCGAGACCUUCAACAUCAACCAGCUCUUCUCUGUCCUUCUGAGUUUUGCAUUUCUCAACUUCCAGCCCCGUCAGAGCGAAGAGUUCUUCAAUAUGAUUCACCAACGUUUCGGCUCCGAAUUCGACUCGCUGGACUGGAAGGUGCAGUUGGACACGGUGUGGUCGCUGUGUAUGCUGGGUCAUGUGACCACGACGUAUUUCCAGAAGAUUCUGAAUCCUCAGUUCUACAGCCAAGUCCUGGGUAUGAGUACAAUGGAUGUCGUC